AUGGCCCCUGGCAUAAAAAGCAAUGUAGAAAUGAAGCAAACCUCCUCCGCGCUCGUCUUAUUAGGUGAGCCAGAGCGAGCGGUGCUCCUUGGGAUUCGUGGAGAAAAUCGUCUCCUCAUCCCGGAAAUAGUCUCCAUUUCUAGAAAAAGCCACUCAUUGUCUUUUCUCUCCUGGUCCUCUCUCCUCCCUGGCGACAAUUGCAAAGAGCCUUUAGUGGGAAAAGCUACGCCGCGUCUCCUCGCGGAGUCCGGGUUCACCCCGGCGCUCCGAGCCCGCGCUGCCCUCCGCCGCCGCUUCGCCUCUAACCAAACCAACUCGCUCCAACUUUCCGCUCCCGGGCUCCAGCAGGGGCGCCCUCUGGGCCACCGACUGCGGCGAGCUGGAGCGACCCUGGCCCCGGGACCCCAGAGCUGCGCGCCCAGCUUCGGGCCGAGCAGACGCGCCCGCUACCCCCGGCCUCCCGAGCUCGCAGCACCGCGGUCUCCAAGCUCCGCCCGGCGCUGCGCCGCGCCCGCCCUUGGCUGCAAGCCUCUGGGACCCGCGUCUCCGGACACCGAGCCCUCUCAACUCCCACCCUCUCCACCCCUGGGGCAGCUCAGUAAAACCCAGUCCCCUCCUUUGCGCACGCCUCCGACCGCCCUCCCACCCCCUAGCACGAGCCCCGGAGAGAAAGCGCUGCCCGGGUCUCCCCGUUACACCGGCCGCCGAGGGUCUCCACCACCACCAGCCGCCCUAAUUCACGCUCAUUCAUAUUCAUCCUCGUUCUCAUUCUCUGUCUUCCUCUGCCUCUCUCUCCAAAGACUCCUAACAAGACAGGCCGGGCCUCCUCGGUGGCACUCCCUUUCAUUCAUCGCCUCCCACCACACGCACACACAGGCGCACACACACACACACACACACACACACACACACACCCCAACCCAGACAGCCCACUCCACUUUUCAGACGCCCACCUCCUCCACACUCCCCUCCCCUAAACAGACUUCCACCCACUCACCAUCUGUAGCCUCCCUUCCGCCCCCCGCCCCGCCCGCCCGGCUCCCCCUCCCCAAGAAGCAGACCUGCACUGUGGGAGGCAGGGACCCCGCCAGACGCUCGGGUCGAGCGCGCCGGACUGACCUCUGCCCGCCCGGGAAACUAACAAAGGCGGUGCGCUCGCCGGGACCCCGAGAGCCGCGAGCGGCGGCCGCGCGGCGGGGCGAGCCUGGGCCGGGCCGGGCGAGAGCCGGGCGGGGGCCGCUCCGGAGCGGGGAGCAGCGGCGCCGGAGGACGCGGAUCGCUCCCCGCGCGCGCCGCUCGGACGCCGCCGGCACCAUGGGCUGCUGCACCGGGCGCUGCUCGCUCAUCUGCCUCUGCGCGCUGCAGCUGCUCUCAGCGUUAGAGAGGCAAAUCUUUGACUUCCUUGGCUUCCAGUGGGCACCAAUUCUUGGAAAUUUUCUACAUAUAAUAGUCGUCAUAUUGGGUUUGUUUGGAACCAUUCAGUACAGACCUCGAUAUAUCGUGGUGUACACAGUAUGGACUGCCCUCUGGGUCACCUGGAAUGUGUUCAUUAUCUGCUUUUAUUUGGAAGUAGGUGGGCUCUCUAAGAAUACAAAGAAAAUACAGGAGAAAGAGCUCAGAGAGAAAGAUGAAGAUGUCCAAUUUGGAUGUGAAGCAUCUGAACAGAGAUGUCUAGAUACAGAUCUGAUGACAUUCAACAUUUCUGUGCACCGGUCAUGGUGGCGGGAACACGGGCCUGGCUGUGUCCGAAGAGUGCUGCCUCCGUCCGCCCACGGCAUGAUGGAUGAUUACACGUACGUCUCUGUCACAGGCUGCAUUGUGGACUUCCAGUACCUAGAGGUCAUCCACAGCGCUGUCCAGAUACUACUCUCUUUGGUUGGUUUUGUGUAUGCCUGUUAUGUGAUCAGUAUUUUCAUGGAAGAAGAGGACACCUUUGAUUUCAUAGGUGGACUUGAUGCACGCUCCUACUACCAGGAUCAUGUUGAGUUAAAGCCUGUUAACCUGCGGGCUCUGCGGUCAGCGCCCACCUGUACCUUCACUGCCUGGUCUCUGCCUCUAAUGGCCCAGGCCCAGAGGAAAACGACCUCUGAUGACCGGCUGCCGGACAGAUGGGGGUGGCCCUCCACUGCUCUUCCCUAAGAAGAGCUGCUUCUAUCAGCAUCCCGGUCGAAAUAAGUAAUGACACUGUCUCUGAAACACGGCUGCUGAACUUGAGUUAGGAAGAAAAGCACCACUGAGAGCACCUCUCUGCAUUGGCACGUCUCACUUCCUCCCAGAGGAUGGACCACGCCUCCCUACUUCCCCACGAAUCCCGGAGUUCUUGGGUCACAGCCUAUGUAUUAUUAGCAUUGUUCACUAGAUGAGUUGUAGGUGACUGGGUGGGUAUUUUUUUAAGUCAUUUUCUUCUUAUAUGAAUACUUGUAAAUUAUUUUAAAAAUUGGUCUUUCAUUUUUUAACAAUAUUUACUGUGAGGCAUGCAAAACAAAAACACUUGGUGAAAACCUUCUACAGUCAAUUCUAAGAGAAAUACUGGUUUUUGUAUUGAGGUGUUAAGUCGGUGUUGCUGAUGACCUGAGUUAUCCUAUGCCUGAUGGAGUUUGCAUUAACAGACAUUACCGGGGGCUACUCAAUAUGAAGUUAGAUGCUGUGACAGCUGAUAAAUGGGUGCAAACAGUGGAUCCGGCCUUCAGACUGACCGUGGGUCAUUUUUUCAAUACCAUAGGACAAAACAUGAGGUCCUCCUUUGUUCUCAACUUUCCAAAAUGCAGAACACCAUUACAUCAAUCUAAAUUCUCAGAUUCAUGCAUAUUAUCUUGUUCUUCCUGUAUUCUGAGAAGAACAGAUCAUGGGGAGUAUAGAAGAGUAUGAUUAGUAGAAUACCUUUCCCCUUUGGAGGUUAUAUGGGUAUCUCUGAUGUUCAUAUUUUCUACUCUUUAUCCCGGUUCUGACAUUGGUGUCAGACCUAAACAUACAGCUUGUGGAGUUGUGGAACAGAAAUCACAACCAUAAAUCUGCAAUCAGGAAUAUUGCUCUUAAGAUAUUCAAAAGGAGCAUUAAAAUGGUAUGGAAUUCUCUAUAAAUGCUCCUAAAAAACAUAUUUAUAUUUGCUCUACAUCAAUUUUUCUUUUUCUUACCCUAUCCCAAUAACCAAGAAAAUAAUAUGGGAAACAUCAUUUUCCAGGGAAAGAAGGACUGUUUUGAAAACACAUCAUGGCUUUUUCCUUUCAUAUCUUUCAAUGACUAUUUCCCAUACCAAAAUAAGUUUUGCUCACUUUGGAUAGCAACCAAGGUGAGGCCCCCUAUAGGCCACAAAAUUGUGUGCAUGUGUACUAUUUAAUCCGGAAGUUGUUAACUUGGCCCAUACAUCUCUAACAAGUCAGUCUAUAAACUAUUUAAAAUCGUAUGCAAAUUUUUAUGUGGGUAUAGAGGUUCCUUUUUUCUUGUUUUUUUUUUGUUUGUUUGUUUGUUUGUUUGUUUGGAGUCCAUAUAUUUUUAUGAGACUCUGUUAAGAAUCAGAACUAAUACAACAAAGUGCCCUGGUUGCUCCCAUCUCAUGCCAACCACUGUGGGCAUUCCAGAAGCCCAUUUUAGUCACUAGCCUUUGGAUUGUGCUCCGUCAGUCAGGUGACACACAUUUAAUCCCAUCAUUUUUCAUUCUGCUAAAUAAACCUGAAUGCAAAAUGACGAGGAGCUCACAGGGACCUAGGAGAUGGUCAAAUCCAAACUGCCACUUCACAGUUCAGGGAUCCGAAGCAUAGGGGAUUUGGUGGCCUUGUCCUGAGUCCUGCAUGUACACAGAAGGGCAAGAGUCAUGGGAGGGGGUGGGAACUUUGGAGGGCAAAUGGUAGGGUUUGGACCCAGCACUGUGGCCUUGGAUAGUGUUGGACACCUUUGCCCUGGAACUUUCCUCAUCUGGGAGGUAGAACUAUAAUCCCUACCUCCCAAUGAAGAGGUGAGAAUCAGAUGACAUAUAAAAAGUAUCCUGGACCCUGUGAAGUGCUCCACAACUGAAAAAGGCAGUUACGAUUGUAGUGUCAGGACAAGUGGGACCCUGUCUGGAGCUCUCGCCAUACAGCCAAGUGCUGUGAAAAGCCCAUGAAAACAUCAAACUCUUCUAAGUUUUCUAAAAAGUAGCUGGAAAAAAUUGCCAUGUUAAAGCAAUUAGAAAUAGUGAAGACUGAAAGUUGCAUUUCCUAAUUAAAAAAAUAACUUUUGUAUUUCAAGACUAAUACAUAUUAUUACUAUGGGUAAAGCUAAUAAAAUAUCAAAAAUGUAGAAAGUAAGACAGAAGAAUAAAAUUAAUAUGUGAGUAUUUUAAACAGUCAUUGCCUUAGCCUCUCACACAUGCACAAACAAAACAUAGUUAACAUUUCACAAAACGGCACCAUACUAACUUUUGUUGUGUUUUAUCUUCAUGUAAAUGUGUACGUACUGGUAAGAUGCACGGGAGAGUCCUAGGUCUUGUCUAACUGAUUUGAGGAAGAAAUCCUUACAUUAGUGAUUUUUUCUAUGGAUUUCCAAUAUAGGCAACUACUUAAUAUGGUAUCCCAGCAAUCCAUAAUGAUAAUUCUAAAGUUCCGGAGACUUGACCUCUCAUCAGAGACAAGUUAGAUCGAUCUCCUCUCCUUCUCACUUUUCUUCUCCCUACUUCUCCUGUCCUGGCUACUACUUAGAGAUUCUGCUUCCCGUGACAAAGGGAUGAAAAGAAGUGCUGAGCUUUGCGGUGACCCUCAACAGUCACCCUUGAUCCGGGUCUUUCCACACAGCGAUGUCACCGCCGCUGCUUCUGAGGAGUGAGCGCGUCGGGUCCUUGCAGGUUUUGCCUCCUGUUUGGGGGAAGCCAUCCAGCACUGUGCAUUAUGUAGUGGGGCUUGAAAGCCCCACACAUGUUCAUGAUGUCUACAGUCUUGCCAAAGCUUGGCUUCUCCAUGUGCAGCGGGUGCCUGGUCAGAGUGAGAGAAAAUGAAUGUGUGUCCAAGCCUGCCCUCAUCUGCCAGAACCCCAGCAUCCUGAACGAUGGUGCAGCUCCAGGUUCAAGUGCCCUCCUCAGAAGUGGUCCUGGGAAAAGUGAAGAUGGGACAUCCACUGCCCGUUAGCCCCUAGUGCUGACUGGAAUGUACAAGGGGAUACAAUGUACACCUUGGUAUUGUGUCCUGUAAAAUCUUGGUGAGCACUGCCCCAGGCUGUGUCUUCUAUCCUGUGUGGAUGACUUAUCCUUUCUGAAGUAUCUUCUGCUAGCAAUGUGUGGAGCCACAGACAGCUGGGAUAGUUUGCAGUUUACCUUAUAUUAACUUCAGCUUCCAGUCAUAGCUUAUGACUGCAAAAGCUGAGCAGGGAGCUACGGCUCCCCUGCUCAACUGGGCUAUAUGCAGCCCGGUUGAUGGGCUGUUGGAGCAUUGCCAGGAGACAGGCUACAUCUUGGGGUGUGGAAUGGUCUACCAUCAAGGAAACCUCAAACAUUUCUUAGGAAAAGCUCUAAGCUAAUACAUGCCCAGGUACCUUAAGACUUUCACCUGCCUGGGGCACCUGGGCAGCUCUGUCAGUUAAGUGUCUGACUUUGGCUCAGGUCAUUAUCUCACAGUUCAUGAGUUCGAGCCCUGCAUCGGGCUUUGUGCUGACAGCUUGGAGCCGGGAGCCUGCUUUGGAUUCUGUGUCCCCCUCUCUCUCUCUCUCUCCUGCCCCUCCCCUGCUCGAAUUUUGUCUCUCUCUCUCUCUCUC